AAAGUUGAUGAUCGGAAUCGGAGAAUUGAUUUGAUCGAGUGGUUCCAUAAACUCUAAUUUGGUCACAGAUCCCAUUUCAAUGAAUUGAUGAAGAACAACAGUGUUAUACCUUUAAUUUCUACCCUUCUUUAUCAUUGUAAAAUUUCCCCCAAUCAACGGUGCAUCUUUCAGUUUUAACCCCCCUCCCCCACUCACCCACCCACCGAUAGCCAGCUUUGCCAUUUCAAGGUGCCGUUCUGCCGCCCGGCGACGUGAUAACCGACAACGCCAUGGCAAUCGAUAUCCGAACCCUAAAGGAUAGGUAUAUUGAUUCUUGCAACGAUUGGAGGACUGUACCUAAUAAAGCAGUUUUGUCGGCUUUCUUUAAGGCUGAGCUUAAGAAAUCAAAUAAUGAAGAGUCUAGCUUUGUGAUCUUCUUGGAUGACUUAAAAGGUGUUGACUUCCAUCCACUUUACAACGUGUUUGUUCAAAUUGAUCUUUCAGAGAUAGAUUCAGUUGACAUACUUCAAAAGUCAUCAUGUUCGUUGGACGGGGAUUCUGUUUUACUGUUAUUACAUGCGGUAAACCAAAAACUUCGGGUUGUGGAUCUCCAGGACAGGACAUAUGGCAAGGAUUUCUUAUUGGGGCUUUCCUUGGGAGGCUUGGCAUGCCAAGUUUUAAACUUAAAGUUUUCCCAUUUCCGAAAGGUCAACAUGAUUGGGAAGUUUAUGCAUAUGCGUACGCUCAAUUUGGAUUUCAGUGCAUCACUAACCAGUUUUGGAAAAGAUUGCUUUGCUUGUAUGCCAAAUCUAAAGUGUCUUUCUUUGUGUGAGACAAAAGUAUCCAAUCUGUGGACUACCAGUGCAUCACUUGCAAAACUCCCGUCUUUAGUUGAACUUCGUUUCCAGAGCUGCUUAUGCUGUGAUGACACAAGGGCUUGUCCUCGAUCUUUUGGGGCAAAAGCAGAUGAGAGCACUAGUUCAGGUCAUCUAGACCAUGGAUGUGAAAAGAUAACACCAUUCUUAACUGAUGAAGAAGACACUGAUCUAUUUUCGAAUAUGGAAGGGGAAUUUAUCAAUGUGUUCCCAGUGGGUAAUUAUAAUCCAAUUCAUGAAACUAUAAGCGAAUCCGAUGAUUCAACAGAUAGCGAAGUAGACUUUUCAAAUACACAUCCUGGCAUACAUUUAUUGGAAGAUUUCACUUAUGGACCUUGUGUUUGGAAUGGGCUACUUGAUCUUCCUAAUGAGAUUUUUCCUGGUACUUGGGGAUCAGAAGAUACUGAAGAAACCUGGUCGAAUUCAUCCAUAUCAAGACCUAUCUCAUGUAUUGCUCGAAAGAAGCAUCUUUCUUAUCACCCUUCACCAAUAUGCUAUGAGAAGCAUUAUAGAGAAUUUUUGAUAGCUUCCUUUCCUAAUCUGAGAAUCCUCGAUAACCUGCCAAUCAGAAAGACUGACAAAGAUAGAGCUGCUAUUAUCUAUUCAGAAAACUUCGAGCAUCUACCAUAUAGAAGGACGAGUAGAGAGAGCGUUGUUAGUAUCCUGCAGAACCGUGAGAUCAAAGCAAACCGUACCCGCUCUUCGACUUCAGGAAAGUCGCAGUAUUCUUAUUCGAGGUCACUUGGUGCUUCCAAAGUUGGGUGUGCAGUCUUGCCUUCUUUGCAUCCACUUUCUAUAACAGCCAGCAGCAGCAUACCAAGAGGUGAUGGUAGAAAAUUUCGUCCACGGCAGUUUGAGUACCAUCCUUCCAAUUCAAAUCUCAUGGUUAUUGGAACUUUAGAUGGUGAAGUUGUCGUUGUUAACCAUGAGAGUGAGAAGAUCGUGCGUUACAUCCCGUCACAUGGAGCGAUGAACAGUGUUCUAGGACUAUGUUGGCUUAAGAAGUAUCCAUCCAAGCUUAUUUCUGGGUCCGACAAUGGUUUGCUCAAACUGUAUGAUAUUCAGCACAUCUCUUCAACAGAUGCUGGCAUCUACCCAAGUGCUGCUUCUGUUGCCUUUGAUGAGUUUGACCAAUUAACUUCUGUGCAUGUCAACUCCUUGGACGAACUGUUUCUUGCCAGUGGAUAUUCAAAACAUGUUGCUUUGUAUGACAUCAACACGGGUAAACGGCUGCAGGUGUUCACCGACAUGCAUCAGGAGCACAUCAAUGUUGUUAAAUUUGCGAAUCAUUCCCCAUCUAUGUUUGCUACUUCAUCAUUUGAUCAUGAUGUCAAGAUGUGGGAUUUACGACAAAAGCCAAUUCACCCAUGUUACACAGCUUCCAGUAGUCGAGGAAAUGUAAUGGUCUGUUUUUCCCCGGAUGAUCAUUAUCUUCUUACAUCAGCUGUUGACAAUGAGGUUAAACAACUGCUGGCUGUUGAUGGAAGACUUCACCUGGACUUUGGUAUAGCUGCAACCGGAAGCUCUCAAAAUUAUACUCGUUCUUAUUACAUGAACGGGAGGGAUUAUAUUCUCAGUGGAAGUUGUGAUGAACAUGUAGUACGAAUUUGUUGUGCUCAAACAGGAAGGCGGCUCAGAGAUAUAUCAUUAGAGGGUAAAAGUUCUGGGUCCUCAAUGUUUGUGCAAUCUUUGAGGGGGGAUCCAUUUAGAGAUUUCAAUUUGAGUGUGUUAGCAGCCUAUUUAUCUCCAAGCUCGAGUCCAGAAAUUGUGAAGGUGAACAUGUUGAGUUCCAAGGAUGCAGAUAAAGAAUGCUUGAAUUCCCAGCCAACCCAGAGUUUAGGAGGAGCAUAAAUUGUGGUGUUGUAUGUAUGAAUUACCAAAUUAUGCAUCUAUCUGCAUAUAACACAAGACGAGAGAAAAUUGUGGAGCCAAUGCUUCUCCAUGAUGCCUUCUUUUUAUGUUGUACAGUAUACAAGACAUUAACAUAACCAAAUGUUGUCCUCUCUCUC